UUUCUCCGAUCUUCUUUCUGCCACCGACAUGACUUCCAUCACUCCGCUUAACACCAUGCUUCCCAACGUUGCGCCCAAACUCUCCGCAUGUGUCGCUGUUUCCAACCCUAGGGUGUCGUUUGCUGCCCCACCUGUGUUACCCUGCACCUCCAUUCAGAGGAACAAGACUAGAUCUUCCAGGGUUGUUGUUUCGGCUGUCGGAGACGUUUCUGCUGAUAGCACCGUUUACCUUGUUGCCGGCGCGGUUGCAGUCGCACUCGUUGGAACCGCAUUCCCCAUCUUCUUCUCUCGCAAAGACACAUGUCCUGAAUGUGAUGGAGCAGGGUUUGUUCGAAAGGCUGACGUGAGAUUGAGAGCAAAUGCAGCACGAAAGGAUCAAACUCAAAUCGUUUGUGCUCGUUGCAAUGGAUUGGGCAAACUUAAUCAAAUUGACAAAUAGACAUAACAAAAUCACUUAUUUUCCCCUUUCUUUGUUUUUGUAACUGUUUAAGUAUAAUUAUCCCCUCCUUCAUUUUUCUCUUCCUGUGAGAUGAACAACUUUAUAGUAUGUCAUGAUAGGAGAGAAAAUCAGAAAUUUGCUUGUUUGCAUUUAUCA